AUGAAAAACCAACGGCGUGAAUUGAACGGCUUAAGCAUACAUGGCCAAAACCUGAAAGUUUCUUUCAAAGGAGAUGGUGUUUUGACGUCAUCGAUUGAGAUAGAACGUUCAAGACAGACACCGUCGGGAGUUUUUUUCCUUGUUUUCUUUCUCUCUAGCAUCGUUGGAACUGUCGCUCUUCUUCAGGUAACAAAAAGGACCAAUGUACUUUCUCUUAUUUUUAAUACAUUUCCAUACACUGCCCAACUAUUUUAAGAUAGCUUCUCGUACCAAAGCGGUGUUCUCUUAAAGCACCGCCGGCAGGAGUUCUCACCCACCUCUUGUUACAUUACUAGGCAAGAUAGAGGAACAACAGUCUUUUCCUAAAAUAAAAUCUUACGUUUACCUUAAAACUGGACAAUAAGUAAACACAAGGCAAAUACUCUGAAUAGCUCAUAAGAGCUAUCAAGCUCCCUUUGCUGGCAAAGAGUGAGAUACUGCGGGCAUCACCAACGGGUGGGGUGGGGGGAGGGGGAAUUGUAAAAAAAAUUAAGUAGGUCAGUGGAAAAUUUUCACUGGUAGAGACUGUGUGAAGGAAGUCCAAAGGGAACAAAGAGUAAUUAUAUUUGGAAGGAUAAUUAAUUUUUUUAAAUAAAGGAGCAGUGUGCUUACUCAAAUCGACAACAACAAAAAAAUACCUUGGAGAUUUUAUUUUGCAGAAGGUGUAGAGAAAAAAAAAAAUUGAGGGACCGAAUUUCUGCUAACCUUAAUAGGAGGUGUUGGUCAAAAACAGAAUGUUCAUCUAGCAAUACACUGUUAUUACUGAUUAACAAUCAGCUCAUGUCUGUAUGUUUUCAUUUCUCUCCUGUCUCUUGUCUCCUGACCCUUUCUAGGUCCCACAUCCCUAAAUGGUGUUUAUGUCAAUCAUUUACUGCCUUUUAUUUUUCAAUCAUUACAGGAACUUCUGUCAUUAACCAGCUUAGUAGUUUGGACUUUUGUGGUGAUUGCCAUUGUUCUUUUGAAAUUAUAUUGCUGGGAUAUUCAUAAAGGUGAGAUGAGAAAGGUACUGACUGCUUUUAGGUCUUACAGUUAGUGUUCUCAUAAAACAGUAAUUGUAGACCAAGACACUGAAUAAUUUAAUUUUUGGUGUGAAAUUAGUUGCCAAAAUUUUUCCUUUUGGCUAUGGCAACCAAGUGGUCUAUUUAGCUGGAGAUAAUUCUGGUCUCCAUAAAAUGAAGUGACUACUCCCCUGGGUGGGAUGCCAUUUUAUCGCAAGGUUAUCCCCCUCUAGCAUUUCAACAGACUUCCUUGACAAUACACUGUUACCCAUUUAUGCUAAUGAGUGAAGAGAGGUACAGCACAGUGACCCAGCAAGGUUGCAAACCCAAACCCCUUAAUUUGGAGUCAGUCCAGUGCACUAAAUAUAAAGCCACAGCCUCUCCUACAUGGAGCGCUGCUUGGACUGUGAAAGGAUCAGGUCAGACUACAAGCCACAGGACCAAGUAACAGCUCAUUGACAUGAAGAAAGUAGGAGUAGGAUUAGAGCCUCUCAAACCCCCUUGUUCAAGAUAGGAUGCUUGUAUAUCCUAUGUUAUCUCCAACCCAGCAUUUCAUCAUUCACAGUUUGCUGGUAACCUAUUUUACUUAGGGGAGGGGGGGGGGAGGGGAAGGAGGGAGAAAGGAUCUGCAGAUGAACUUGCCUAACCAUAAAAAGCCUCAUGAAUUUAUCUUGCAGUUCCUUGAGCAUGCCAGAAGGAAUUGGGGACACAUGAGUCCUUAUUUUGACUAAGCCUGUUUGAUCAAGGUGUCAAAAGACUGCACCUGUUCUUUUUCAUUUUUCCAAAAAAAUAAAUUGACCAAUGGCCAUGUGUCUUGAUCUCACACUUGGUCAAUGAUGAGCAAUAUUUCAACCACUCUAUUCUUUUCGUAGAAUCUGUUUUAAUUGUCAAAGAUCUUGGAAUUCAGUACACCAAAUCAUGUGUCCUUGGGCUACAGACAAGUCAAUUUAUUGAACAUCAUAAAAUUGUGGAUGUGCUUAUCAAUGAAGUUAUAACUAUGGUAUGUCUUGUGUCUGAUAAAUGCAAUACUGAUUGUUGCAGUCUUGCCAGGAAUUAAUGCAAAGGAUUGUUUUUAGAGUGUAUCUACUGACACUAUAAACAAUAGCCUCCACUUGGCACAAAUGUAUGCUCAGAUAUUUGUCCGGCCAUUAGCAUGGGCUGUCUGACAAGUGAACCCAUCAUUCUAUGACUUUUUCAAGGAUAGAAUUUUAAUGUCGUUUUAAGUAAAAUUCCCUCUGUUAUACUUCAAUCCAUGAACACACCACCAGCAUGUGCAAUGAGAUUAUGAAGCACACUUGGAAAAACCUUCUUCUAAAAUUUGAUUAUACAAGAUUUUUCGGAUCAAUAUCAGUAUCUGGGCAACUGCCCACCUACCCCUCCCCUAACCCAACAUUAACCUUAACUUGUUGUCAAUCGACUGUUGUUGAAUUAAGGAGAAGGGUGAGUGGGCAGUUGCCCAGAUACUGAUAUUGAUCUGAUUUUUCUACUUUUGUUUUAAAAUAUUUUGAUCCAUCUGGAGGCAAAAAUAGUCUGUUAACACACCUCCAAGUGCUAUCAACAUACCUUCACUACUGAGAUUAUUUCAAUUACUGCUAACACUAGGAUGCAUUUCAUAGCAUUUUUUAUUAAUUUGAGGGAAGAUGAUGUUUUUGAUUGAUUGCCUUCCAGCACCAAGUUGUAUGUUACUUGACAUUGCUCAUUUCUGAAGGAAAACAGAACCAACGAAGAAGAAAGCAUGAACUGCUCCCAUUAUUCAUGGUAAUUUUUCAAUCUAAUAAUUUUUAAAGAUUAAAAUUUGUUUACCUGAAAUUACUUCAUUCAGGUUUCAAGUGUUUUCAUUCAACUGGAUAAUUCAUGACCCUUUUACUCCUCAAAUAACAGUUAAGGAAUAAUCAGUUAAGGAAUAAUCACAUUUUUGUGUCAGUUAGUUAUUUUCAAUUCUUCUUUUUAUUCCAGGCUACAGUACCAAAUCUAGUUACAAUCAAAUCAAUUUAUCAUGGCAUGCAGAAGAUACUUGAGACAUGAUGGAUGAAUUAAAGAUUUAAUCCUCUAGACACUUGCUACCUUUUUCACCCAUUUUUUAACUCCCAAGAAUUGAUCAUUGUCAAUUCUCCCUCAAAUGUAGCUGCUACACAGUUAUUUCUUGUGAAUGAAUGAAUUUGGUGUUAAAUCAAGAAAAUAACCUCUAUCUGAUAAGUUUGAGUGCUCUCAUUACCCUUUUGCUGGAUAAUAGUUGAAUGUUAUAGGAAGACGUUACAUGUUUUAAAAUCACUUCUAGGAGUUAAAGGGAGAAUGCAUGACAAAUUAAGUUGCCUUGCCAUAAUUGAAUUGUUGAUGUUAAUGUUUGUUGAAGCAAUCAGGAACUUUUGAUUCUGGUAAACUUUCUCUGAGGGAGAAAUCCCUCAUGGAGUCAAUGUGAUGUAUACUUUACUCUGUAAAUAUCAACUGUUCAUUACAGAAACUUGCUUAUACUAGUAAAAUUUGUCAUUUAUUAACUUUUUUGUUGUGAAUACAUGCAGUAUAAGAACAAAACUAGAUUAUACAUGCAGCAACUACACUCAUUAUGUUUUAUUUCAACUGACUUAUUUGUUAAGAAUAUCUACCAUUAUUCAUUGCCCUCGUUGUUCAUACUGAUUCAUCAAAACCGCGAUCACAAAGUGGGAGGAAAGGUGUUGUUCUCAUUGUGACAGCAGCGAGUUAUUGCCUGUCCUUUGCUUUCAAAUCUUCAGAAAUAUUUUGGAAACAGAAGUCGUCUCUAUCAUGGAAUUUCCCUCAAAUCCAUGGCACUGCUUCUUCAAUUCAGAAUUAGUUGCAGCAUAUGUUAUCUUUUCCUUUACUCCAACGCUACAGAAAGAAGUCAGAAUUUAUACAGAAAGAUAAAUUUCAACACUAACUAGGUGAAAAAAUUAUUAGCCUCAGUUAUCAUGCUAAAAGUCAUCAUACCAGAAAUAAAAUUUUCCUGUGAGAUCUGUAAGUUGGUUUUCACAAAAUUGCGAUAAGACAGAAUUCAACUUCACUGUAUA